AUGCUUGAGCUCGGCAUCAUCCGACAGUCCGACAGCUGCUGGGCAUCACCCCUCCACCUUGUCCCAAAGAAGAGCGGCGACUGGCGACCGUGUGGUGACUAUCGGGCGUUGAACUCUGUGACUGUCCCCGACCAGUAUCCCGUCCCGCACAUCCAAGACUUCACGCUUUCGCUACAUGGUAAGCGAAUAUUCUCCAAGAUUGACCUUGUGCGUGCCUACCACCAAAUCUCGAUCGAGGCCAGUGAUGUUCGGAAAACUGCAGUUACCACUCCCUUUGGGUUAUUCGAAUUCACUCGUAUGCCCUUAGGUCUGAGGAACGCCACUCAAACCUUUCAGCGAUUCAUUGAUCAGGUUCUGCGAGGUCUCGACUUCGUCUACGCCAACAUUGAUGAUUUGCUAGUGGCUAUUUCUGACGCUGCUGAACACGAGAUUCCUCUUCGAACGACUCGACUCCUUCGGCGUUGUAAUAAAUGCUGCUAA